CACUUCGAGACCACUUUUGAUGUAUGGGCAGCACACAAGCAGCACAGGACCCUAAACACAUCACUCAGAGACGCGCUCCAGGACUCCAGGCACCGUAGUGCCGUAGUCACCGCGUUACUGCUCACGUCACGUGCCAAUGGCGCCACUCGUGUACCGUGUUUCUGUGAAUUACACCGCCGUGAAGUCGUGAUUUACCGGCUCCGAACCGUCCGACCCUCCGAACUCUGACUGUGUCAAGUUGCAGGCGUGACCUUGUAGCGGAAGUGGUUGUGCGUCGUGCUGCAUGAUUUAAUCCGGGAAUGCCUGCACCUUCAACGUCGGACGCAGGACUGAGGGAUGGGCAACCCUCAGUCCUGCAGCGCACGUUGGCAGCCGUCAAGACCUCGGUUAUCUGCCACGCUUUCUUCACGCUGAUGUUCAUGACCAGCGGCCUCAUCCUCAACGUCUUCCAGCUCCUGGUGUACCUGCUCGUGCGUCCAUUCUCGCGGCAUUUGUACCGGCGGAUCAACUACUAUCUCAUCUACACUUCUUGGUCCCAGGUGGUGGCCUUGGCCCAGUGGUGGUCCGGUAGCCGCCUGAGGGUUUGGGGCACGGACGAGGACCUCGAGGCGCUCCUGGCGGACCACCACCUCUGUGUCAUGAACCACAGCUACGAAGUGGACUGGCUGGCCUGCUGGAUGGUGACCGACCAGUUUGGAGUCCUUGCGAAUGCAAAGACAUUUGCAAAGAAGUCCCUCCAGUGGGUGCCCAUUAUUGGCUGGAACUGGGCACUCUCCGAGCACAUCUUCCUCGAGAGGAGCUGGGAAAAGGACUCCCAGACGAUUGGGGGCAAGCUGGACCUUCUUCUUGACUACAAGGACAAGAUUCUUCUGCUUCUGUUCUCUGAAGGAACACGCUUCAAUGAGAAGAAGCACAAGCUGAGCCUUGAAUUUGCCAACAAGCGGAACCUCCCAAAGCUCAAGCAUCACCUCCUCCCCAGACCCAAGGGGUUUGUGUACUGCGCCCAGCACUUCAAGCAACGAGGCGUUCCGGCAAUCUUCGACGUGCAACUCGGGUUCCGAGACUCCCCGAACCCGCCAAAGAUAAUGACCAUUCUCAAUGGGCAUCCCUUCGUGGGAGACAUCUACUUCCGGAGAGUGCCCCUGGAUCAAGUUCCAACUGAUACGGAAGAGGAGUGCACCAAGUUCCUCUACGACUUGUAUGUGCACAAGGACAAAGUGAUGGAGGACUACCUCGAGACCGGCCGAUUUCCAGGCACCGUGAGGGAGCUCCCCGUUCGGGUGUGGCCGGCAGUGAACAUGACGGCCUGGGCCAUCCUCACUGGAGCGCCGUGUCUGUACGCCUUCUACGCCAUCCUGACCAGCGGCAGCACCUUUACGGUGGUGGCCUUCUCCACUUUCAUCGCUCUCUUGUUCUCUGUUCUUAAUUGGCUCGUAGGGCUCUCUGAAAUUGAGAAGAGUUCGUCGUACGGCACCACGAAAACCGACGGCUCUGCUUCCGGCAAGACCUCUGAAGGGGACGAGGUGAAGCCGGUCAGGAACGGCGAGACUGUCGCCGCAGACUCCUGAGUCGGACUGACCAGCACUGAGAUUUGAUACUCUUCCUCUAUCCUGUUCCACGAAUGGACAGGGGAAAGCCCCUGAGAGGCGGAGGUGUGGGCUCUCGAAACAGCUCACACUAUUUCUGUUUGGUUCACAACCCUUUGGUCAGCAUGGUAGGAGAUUGUAAUGUUCUGGGAACUUCCUCUUUGCUUUCUUCUUGUUUAUGUGUUUUGUUUUUUUUUUGUGGAGGGAGAAUGCCUAGAAGAUGAGAACUUAUGAGGAUCUAUUCUAUAUAAUGUUUUUCUUUUUUUUGUGUGUGCUUCAAUGCUGUCUUCGAAAAUGGUAGACACAGGAUUGGGAAUGAGGCUUCACCAUCAGUAUGCACUUUGUGAAGGACAGAGGUGGCGUGCAGUUACACCAACGAUCCUGCGAUUUGGAAUGUUGUAUAUUGCAUUAUAAGUGUUGAGUACUACCUCCAGAUGUUCACAUGUUCGUUCAGAAGUUUCAAGCUGUGCAUUCGUGGGUUCUGGGCAGCCUGUCAGGGCUGGUUGAACUUGCAUUCAGUCACUUGCCAUUUGUUGCACUGAAACUAUGUGGAAUCACUUAUUUCCAGUCAAGAAGCUAAAAGGGAACAUUUUUUAUUGAGUCUAAAAGUGGAGGCCUCUCCACAAGAAAUUUUGGUAGCUGUGAUAGCUUGGUUGUUUGGCAAGCAAAUAUAUUUUAUUUCAUGUUCGUUUAGGCAGAAGAAAUAUCUCCCAUCUUUUGUAGCAGUCUGAUGGCUUCCCAUGUAAGUUUUUGAUGGCAGGAUUUGUUGGCAUUCUACUUGCAAUUGAAAAAAACAGCAGAUUUAGUUACAAGUAAAAGUGUGCAGUUGGUGCCAAGGUCAUCCCUUCUGCCUCCAUUCAACCAGUGGUUUCUGCAUUUCGUCACUAGGCUUUCACUCCAUUUCGUGACAUAAGUUAUCUAUAUUCAGCUUCAUUUUGUAGCACAUCAUUGUUGACUUUCCUCUUGCAUUAGUUUUCUGUUACACUCGCUAAUUUUUUUCCCAUUUUAGAGGGAGGCUUGGAGGCUGAUAUGAUAUGGUGCAAUUUCUUUAUUGGCUUGCUUUAUUGGUGUGGUAACGUCCACACAGAUCGGACUUUGGCAAGAUGAUUAUGAGAGUAGUGAGUAUCAUCCUGUGCUGCCAUCUUGUACGCAUGGCUGAGACGGCGGCCAGUACAAAUUUACAAAACAUUUGCUAUCCAGAAAAUUUUAUUUUUAUAGGUAUAGACAUCUGUCACUUUUCUUCACAUGUUCAGAUUUUGCACAUGGUACAGUAGUAUAUGAGUGGUUGCAGAGGUGUAAUAUUUACUAUGCUGUGAAGAAUUUAUAAGCAUACAAGUCUCAAUAUUGGAUGUGACAAGAACAGAGUUUCGGUGUCAAGUGACAAUGUUCCUACAGAAGUGCAUAUGUACCCUUAUAUUUUUAUUGAAUAUGCAAAUACUGUUCUUACAAAUACUACUCCCCCCGUGCCCUACUGGAUCAGUUGUACAGCCUUUCAUGUUUUAACUACUUAGCAUAAAGUGGACACGUUAGUUUUAAAGUCCUUUUUUGUUUAAAUGUAAUGUAUAUGAAGCAGUGAAUUACUUAAUAUAUUUGUUCAUUUUGCUGGUACACAUUGAACACUAAGUGUAUGGUUUGCAGCUGAUAAAAUGUAUAUUAGAUUUCAUGGUGAAAUAAUAUAUUGGUAAUUUAUCACUGACA